GCCGCCCCAUUCUCCCGCUUUCCAUAAUCCCGCCCCAUUCUCCCGCUUUCCAUCACCCCGCCCCAUUCUCCCGCUUUCCAUCACCCCGCCCCAUUCUCCCUCCUUCCAUCACCCCGCCCCAUUCUCCCUCCUUCCAUCACCCCGCCCCAUUGUCCCGCUUUCCAUCGCCCCGCCCCAUUCUCCCGCUUUCCAUCACCCCGCCCCAUUCUUCCACUUCCCAUCACCCCGCCCCAUUCUCCCGCUUUCCAUCACCCGCCCCAUUCUCCCUCCUUCCAUCACCCUGCCCCAUUCUCCCGCUUUCCAUCAACCCGCGGCAUUAUCCCGCUUUCUAUCACCCCACCCCAUUCUCCCGCUUUCCAUCACCUCGCCCCAUUCUCCCGCUUUCCAUCACCCCGCCCCAUUCUCCCGCUUUCCAUCACCCCGCCCCAUUCUCCCGCUUUCCAUCACCUCGCCCCAUUCUCCCGCUUUCCAUCACCCCGCCCCAUUCUCCCUCCUUCCAUCACCCCGCCCCAUUUUCCCACUUUCCAUCACCCCGCUCCAUUCUCCCGUUUUCCAUCACCCCGCCCCAUUCUCCUGCUUUCCAUCACCCCGCCCCAUUCUCCCGCUUUCCAUCACCCCGCCCCAUUCUCCCGCUUUCCAUCACCCCGCCCCAUUCUUCCGCUUUCCAUCACCCCGUCCCAUUCUCCCGCUUUCCAUUACCCCGCCCCAUUCUCCCGCUUUCCAUCACCCCGCCCCAUUCUCCUGCUUUCCAUCACCCCGCCCCAUUCUCCCUACUUCCAUCACCCUGCCCCAUUCUCCCGAUUUCCAUCACCCCGCCCCAUUCUCCCGCUUUCCAUCACCCCGCCCCAUUCUCCCGCUUUCCAUCACCCCGCCCCAUUCACCCCCUUCCAUCACCCCGCCCCAUUCUCCCGCUUUCCAUCACCCCGCACCAUUCUUCCGCUUUCCAUCACCCCGCCUCAUUCUCCCUCCUUCCAUCACCCCGCCCCAUUCUCCCUCCUUCCAUCACCCCGCCCCAUUCUCCCGCUUUCCAUCACCCCGCCCCAUUCUCCCGCUUUCCAUCACCCCGCCCCAUUCUCCCGCUUUCCAUCACCCCGCCCCAUUCUCCCGCUUUCCAUCACCCCGCCCCAUUCUUCCGCUUUCCAUCACCCCGCCCUAUUCUCCCGCUUUCCAUCACCCCGCCCUAUUCUCCCGCUUUCCAUCACCCCGCCGCAUUCUCCCACUUUCCAUCACCCCGUCCCAUUCUCCCGCUUUCCAUCACCCCGCCCCAUUCUCCCGCUUUCCGUCACCCCGCCCCAUUCUCCCACUUUCCAUCACCCCGCUCCAUUCUCCCGCUUUCCAUCACCCCGCCGCAUUCUCCCGCUUUGCAUCACCCCGCCCCAUUCUCCCUCUUUCCAUAACCCCGCCCCAUUCUCCCUCCUUCCAUCAUCCCGCCCCAUUCUCCCGCUUUCCAUCACCCCGCCCCAUUCUCCCGCUUUCCAUCACCCCGCCCCAUUCUCCCGCUUUCCAUCACCCCGCCCCAUUCUCCCGCUUUCCAUCACCCCGCCCCAUUCUUCCGCUUUCCAUCACACCGCCCCAUUCUCCCGCUUUCCAUCACCCCGCCCCAUUCUCCCGCUUUCCGUCACCCCGCCCCAUUCUCCCACUUUCCAUCACCCCGUCCCAUUCUCCCGCUUUCCAUCACCCCGUCCCAUUCUCCCGGUUUCCAUCACCCCGCCCAUUCUCCCGCUUUCCAUUACGCCGCCCCAUUCUCCCGCUUUCCAUAAUCCCGCCCCAUUCUCCCGCUUUCCAUCACCCCGCCCCAUUCUCCCGCUUUCCAUCACCCCGCCCCAUUCUCCCUCCUUCCAUCACCCCGCCCCAUUCUCCCUCCUUCCAUCACCCCGCCCCAUUGUCCCGCUUUCCAUCGCCCCGCCCCAUUCUCCCGCUUUCCAUCACCCCGCCCCAUUCUCCCGUUUUCCAUCACCCCGCCCCAUUCUCCUGCUUUCCAUCACCCCGCCCCAUUCUCCCGCUUUCCAUCACCCCGCCCCAUUCUCCCGCUUUCCAUCACCCCGCCCCAUUCUUCCGCUUUCCAUCACCCCGUCCCAUUCUCCCGCUUUCCAUUACCCCGCCCCAUUCUCCCGCUUUCCAUCACCCCGCCCCAUUCUCCCGCUUUCCAUCACCCCGCCCCAUUCUCCCUACUUCCAUCACCCUGCCCCAUUCUCCCGAUUUCCAUCACCCCGCCCCAUUCUCCCGCUUUCCAUCACCCCGCCCCAUUCUCCCGCUUUCCAUCACCCCGCCCCAAUCCCCCCUUCCAUCACCCCGCCCCAUUCUCCCGCUUUCCAUCACCCCGCACCAUUCUUCCGCUUUCCAUCACCCCGCCUCAUUCUCCCUCCUUCCAUCACCCCGCCCCAUUCUCCCUCCUUCCAUCACCCCGCCCCAUUCUCCCGCUUUCCAUCACCCCGCCCCAUUCUCCCGCUUUCCAUCACCCCGCCCCAUUCUCCCGCUUUCCAUCACCCCGCCCCAUUCUCCCGCUUUCCAUCACCCCGCCCCAUUCUUCCGCUUUCCAUCACCCCGCCCUAUUCUCCCGCUUUCCAUCACCCCGCCCUAUUCUCCCGCUUUCCAUCACCCCGCCGCAUUCUCCCACUUUCCAUCACCCCGUCCCAUUCUCCCGCUUUCCAUCACCCCGCCCCAUUCUCCCGCUUUCCGUCACCCCGCCCCAUUCUCCCACUUUCCAUCACCCCGCUCCAUUCUCCCGCUUUCCAUCACCCCGCCGCAUUCUCCCGCUUUGCAUCACCCCGCCCCAUUCUCCCUCUUUCCAUAA